GUGUAUAUACCUGUAUGUUUCCUAAAAGUGCUUUAGGAAAUCAGCCUCCUAGUGAACCAAACACCCCAGUAAGGAGACCUGGCGACUUGAAACUCAUUGUCCCCGGGCGCGGUAACAAUAAGCAGAGGGUUAGGAAGGCGGUCGAUUUCCUGCGUGGUGUUUCUAGACAGUGGACCCCGCGCCAGCCGGCGGAGCACAGGUUUGGGCCAAGGGGCGCGGGAGAUCCAAGAGAAGGGGAAGCUUGCCGCCUGAUUGACAGCCCGAAAUCUGAUCUUGUGAAAGAGACGCGGAGCCAAUGGGAGGCAGCGAUCCAUCAGUUUGGAUUGGAGGCCCCUGGAGGAGAAGUAGAGGAAAAACCACCGAAUUGAGCUCUGUCAGAGGCGCUUUCGGCUUCCAAGGGGGAAGUGCUGGGCAAUAAUUAAUGUUUUUAUUAAAUUUGGAGGGAUUUUUUUGCAGCCGUUCGCCUAGCGUGGCCUUCAGGUUGAUAGAAGUCCAGAUCCCGAGGAAAUCUCCAGCCUAAAUGCUCAAAAUAUAAAACACUGAGCUGAGAAUUGCGAAGAGCAGCAGAAUGGAUGGAUUUUAUGACCAGCAAGUGCCUUACAUGGUCACCAAUAAUCAGCGUGGGAGAAAUUGUAACGAGAAACCAACAAAUGUCAGGAAAAGAAAAUUCAUUAACAGAGAUCUGGCUCAUGAUUCAGAAGAACUCUUUCAAGAUCUAAGUCAAUUACAGGAAACAUGGCUUGCAGAAGCUCAGGUACCUGACAAUGAUGAGCAGUUUGUGCCAGACUAUCAGGCUGAAAGUUUGGCUUUUCAUGGCCUACCACUGAAAAUCAAGAAAGAACCCCACAGUCCAUGUUCAGAACUCAGCUCUGCCUGCAGUCAAGAACAACCCUUUAAAUUCAGCUAUGGAGAAAAGUGCCUGUACAAUGUCAGUGCCUAUGAUCAGAAGCCACAAGUGGGAAUGAGGCCCUCCAACCCCCCAACACCGUCCAGCACUCCAGUGUCCCCACUACAUCAUGCAUCCCCCAACUCAACUCACACUCCGAAACCUGACCGCGCCUUUCCAGCUCACCUCCCUCCAUCGCAGUCCAUGCAAGACAGCAGCUACCCCAUGGACCACAGAUUUCGCCGCCAGCUUUCUGAGCCCUGUAAUUCCUUUCCUCCUUUGCCCACAAUGCCAAGGGAAGGACGUCCUAUGUAUCAACGGCAGAUGUCUGAACCAAACAUCCCCUUCCCACCUCAAGGCUUUAAGCAGGAGUACCAUGACCCAGUGUAUGAACACAACACCAUGGUUGGUGGUGCGGCCAGUCAAAUUCCCCCUCCUCUGAUGAUUAAACAAGAACCCAGAGAUUUUGCAUAUGAUUCAGAAGUGCCUAGCUGCCACUCCAUUUAUAUGAGGCAAGAAGGCUUCCUGGCUCAUCCCAGCAGAACAGAAGGUUGUAUGUUUGAAAAGGGCCCUAGGCAGUUUUAUGAUGACACCUGUGUUGUCCCAGAGAAAUUUGAUGGUGACAUCAAACAAGAGCCAGGAAUGUAUCGGGAAGGACCCACAUACCAGCGACGGGGAUCUCUGCAGCUCUGGCAGUUUUUGGUAGCUCUUCUGGAUGACCCUUCAAACUCUCAUUUUAUUGCCUGGACUGGGCGAGGCAUGGAAUUUAAACUGAUUGAGCCUGAAGAGGUGGCCCGGCGUUGGGGCAUUCAGAAAAACAGGCCAGCUAUGAACUAUGACAAACUUAGCCGUUCACUCCGCUAUUAUUAUGAGAAAGGAAUCAUGCAAAAGGUGGCUGGAGAGAGAUAUGUCUACAAAUUUGUGUGUGACCCGGAAGCCCUCUUCUCCAUGGCCUUUCCAGAUAACCAGCGCCCACUGCUGAAGACGGACAUGGAGCGUCACAUCAAUGAAGAGGACACGGUGCCUCUGUCUCACUUUGACGAGAGCAUGGCCUACAUGCCAGAAGGGGGCUGCUGCAACCCUCACCCCUACAAUGAAGGCUACGUGUACUGACACGGUGACAGUCAAGCAGGACCUCCCCGCGCUUUCCCUCUUUUUUGCAAGAUGCAGAGAAUCUCUGAAUUCUCGCCAAUCUCUGUUUUAUUUUUGUUGUUUGUAUUUUAUUUUUAAAUAAUAAUACACAAAAAGGGGCUUUUCCUGUUGCAUUAUUCUAUGGUCUGCCAUGGACUGCGCACUUUAUUUGAGGGUGGGUGGGAGUAAUCUAAACAUUAUUCUGUAUAACAGGAAAAUAAUGGGUGAGUGGGCGGGGGGACGUGGGGAUUAAUUUUUACUUAGACAUGGGAUGGGAUCCUACAGGUUUUAAGUAUGAUGAAGCUAUAUCAUGUUUAUUUGAUUUCCUAACAUAAGAAAAUGUUCAUUUUCUCUGGAUAUCUAUGGUACAGUUAAUUCACAUUGUGUAAAUAUCCACUUGGAGACUAUUUGCCUUGGGCAUUUUCCCCUAUCAUUUUUGACUCUGCAAGGUGUACAAAAAAAAAUACUGUAAAUGGCAGUUUAAUUGUUAGAAAUGACUUUUGCACCUCAUGUAAAAAGGUAUUUAGAGGUUGCAUUCGCCGUUUUUGUUUUGUUUUGCUUUAUAAAUGACUCACAGAAGAUAACCAUAAAAUGGCUAAUUCUCUCUGUAGUUGAGUAAUCACCAUGACUGUAGGUGAAGGGCACAAUUUUGGACUCUGGCUCCAAACUGAGUCUCAGGCCAGUAGCGUUACAUGUAUUUGGUGGCCACCUUGCUGUUUAGGUACAAAUCAUACUGUCUUAAAAUUUUUGAAGCCCAAUUCAGUUUAAUAUUGCUCUGUCAUGAUCCUUGGAGAUUUUUGUUUAAAUGUUAAGUCUGGGAUCACAAUGAAGCAAAAAAUAUCUGUCUCCUUUCACUUCCUUCAGUACAUAAUCCCGUUAUUUAAUCAAUAAGAAUUAACUGUACUAAAUCACAUACCACGCUGUUCUAGAUACAGCAAGCACUCCUUAAGAAAAAUAUCCAAUACACUAAAUAGGUACUAUAGUAAUUUUUAGACAUGGUACCCAUUGAUAUGCAUUUAAACCUUUUACUGCUGUGUUAUGUUGAUAACAUAUAUAAAUAUUAGAUAAUGCUAAUGCUUCUGCUGCUGUCUUUUCUGUAAUAUUCUCUUUCAUGCUGAAUUUACUAUGACCAUUUAUAAGCAAUGCAGUUAACUACAGAUAGCAUUUCAGGACAAAAUAGAUGACUUGAUCCAUUUAUUGCUUAAAAAAUAGCUUACGCCAUGCUAUGCUAUAAGCAGCUUUUAUGCACACUGACAAAUGAAGAGUAAGCUUCAGCUUGCUAAGGGAAACUGUGGAAACUUUUGUAACUUUUGGCAAAAUGGAAAAUUGCAAACUGUCAAAGAAUCUGAGAAGUUGCUGUAUGACAUAGUGCUGGCACUGAUACUAUCCAUCAUCUUGUUUUGGACACUCGUGUAAAUGUGACUGGAUUGUUUGAAAGAAGAUUUAAAGAUUUAAAGUUUCAAGGUUUUUGUUUUGUUUUGUUUUGCAUUGGAGAAAAUAUUGAAAGCAGAAUAUGUUGGUUCCAUCUACUGGAAAAAAAAACUUAAGUAAAUGGUGUUAUAGAAUCUCUGAAUAGCUUGCUGGAUGAUUCAAGCAAGAAAUGUGAAUUUUGCUCAAUCAAUCAAUAUCCCAGAGCAAUAACAUUUUGUUAGGGUCUCUAG